AUGGAAAAUAAAUGGAACGUGUUGGUGACUGGGGGUGCUGGUUAUAUUGGUUCUCACACGGUAUUAGAACUAAUUAAACAAGAUUUUCCGGUGGUGGUCAUUGACAAUCUUGGCAAUGCCCAUAAAGAUCCGAAUGCCAGUAAACCAGAAUGUCUUUUACGUGUAGAAAAACUCGCCAGUAAAUCAGUAAUAUUUGAGGAAUGUGAUAUUACAGAUAUAAACGGUAUAGAAAAAUUAUUUAAAAAGUAUAAAUUUCAAUGUGUUAUUCAUUUUGCUGCUUUAAAAGCAGUAGGUGAAUCGUGCCAAAAACCUUUGGAAUAUUACAAAACAAAUGUUGGAGGUACAUUAAAUUUGUUGCAAGUAAUGAAAGAUAAUAAUGUAAAAAACUUGAUUUAUUCAAGUAGUGCAACUGUUUAUGGGAUACCAGAAAAGUUACCUCUUACUGAAGAAAUGAAAACUGGUAACUGUACUAAUCCCUAUGGGAAUACAAAGUUUAUCGUUGAAGAAAUUUUAAAGGAUUUGUGUGCAAGUGACAAAUCCUGGUCAGUUAUAUCGUUAAGGUAUUUUAAUCCUGUUGGCGCACAUCCGUCUGGUGAAAUCGGAGAAGAUCCAAAUGGUAUUCCAAACAAUUUAAUGCCAUUCAUAGCUCAAGUGGCUGUUGGUAAAAGAGAUAUAUUGUAUGUUUACGGUGAUGAUUAUGACACACCCGAUGGUACAGGUGUUAGAGAUUAUAUACACAUAAUGGACUUGGCUGUUGGCCAUGUAAAGGCUAUUAUUUAUCAAAGCUCACGAGAUGUUAAGGGUUUCAAGCCAGUUAAUUUAGGCACUGGGCGAGGUUUUUCCGUUUUAGAAAUGAUAAAGGCAUUUGAAAAAGCUUCUGAUAAAAAACUUAAUUAUAAAAUUGUUGAAAGACGACCCGGAGAUGUAUCAUCAAGUUAUGCAGAUGCUUCAUUGGCAAAAAAAGAAUUUGACUGGAUUGCUACAAAGAAUAUUGAUGACAUGUGCGCUGACACGUGGAACUGGCAAAGAAAAAAUCCUAAUGGAUUUAAAUCACUCUGA